AUGGAUGGAUUUACAAAAGUUGGUGACAAUUCAUUUCCGAAUGCUGCUGCUUUUUUGACGGGUAAACGCGUUCGUAUCAACGGAUACCCUGGCGAGCUACCCGAUGAUAUGACCGGAAAAACUUACGAUAAUUGGCCGAUUAUCUGGCGUAAUUUUAGUGAAAAAAACUAUCGGACUUUCUACGCUGAAGACUACGUCGAUUAUAACCUCUUUACGUAUCUGGCCGCCGGUUUUCAGCAUCAACCAACUGACGCCUAUUUUCGACCUUUUUGGCUAAACGUCUAUAACAGCUAUUUACAUAGAAGAAGCACCCCGCUUUGCUACGACCGGAAGCCAAUGCAUCAAAUUCAAUUAAGCUAUCUCUCCCAAUUCCUUAAUUCGACAUCCCGUCCAAAAUUCGCGCUGAAUUGGUUGACCGAACUAGGCCACGAUUUUAUGCAUAUCGUCAAUGUGGCGGAUAUGGACCUUGCAAAGUUUUUUGAGGACAAUUAUGCGUUGCUCAAGCGUUUGACUACAUUCUACGACCUGCACGCUACACUGGAAGAAAUUCUGAUGCUCGGAAACGAAAUUGUUUGUGAAGGGAUCGAGCACAAAACGCAAGCUAGAGGACUAAGCCUCUUAAGGUCGAUUCCGGAGGCGCGGAAUUGCGAAGAAGCCGGCGUUCCGGAAGAGUUUUGCGUUUGCCAGAGCGAAACGCCCUUGCCGGCUGAUAAUCAAGAAGUGGGGGAAGCUGCAAAAGUUUUGGUGCUACAUAUCAAUGAAUUAAUAGCUGGUGAUGCGAAUUGCGCAAACUGGGUUUUUGAGAAGGUUUUACAUGCGGAGCGGGUAUUUUCGAGGAUACGUGGUGGUGGUGGCGGUUCAACAAUGGCUGUGCGCCGUCUGCGUGUCUCAAUCAGCGUCCGGCCGUCUUCCGCCGUCUUCGAGGCCCUCAUUAGGUACCACCCCUUAACCAAAAAAUAUACAAUCAUUGGAGACGUCAACCGCACCAAUAAAUAUGGCCACACCGGCGACUGUAUAAACGUCGUAAAUUUGCGAAAAUUUUGCCAUUGCAAGGUU